AUGUCAAAUCAAUUCGAACCGUUGAAGAACGAUCUUCUUCUAAGAGCUGCUAAGGGGGAGAGAGUUGAAAGGCCGCCUAUAUGGAUUAUGCGACAAGCUGGAAGGUACCUUCCCGAGUACCAUGAAGCGAAAGGCUCCCGCGAUUUCUUCGAAUGCUGUCGUGAUCCCGAGGUCGCAUCGACCUUGACUCUCCAGCCCAUUGAACGGUAUGCGGGCCUCAUCGACGCCGCGAUUAUCUUCUCGGAUAUUCUCGUUAUCCCGCAAGCCAUGGGUAUGACUGUCGAAAUGAUAGACAAAAAGGGCCCCAGCUUCCCGGAACCAUUGCAGUCGCCUGACGAUGGACAAUACGAGAAAGUGAUGGCGAAGGAAGUGGAUGUCAAAGCAGAGCUGGACUACGUCUAUAAAGCUAUCACACUCACAAGGCAGAAAUUGAAGGGUAGGGUUCCGCUGAUUGGAUUUUGCGGGGCACCGUGGACGCUACUGUGCUAUAUGGUGGAAGGGGGGGGCAGCAAGAUGUUCAUCCAGUCGAAAACGUGGCUGUACAAGUAUCCCGAGGCGUCGAAGGCGUUGCUGCAGAAGAUUGCUGAGAUCUGUGUGGAGUAUCUCGCGUUGCAAGUGGCAGCUGGAGCGCAAUUAGUGCAAGUUUUUGAUUCCUGGGCUGGAGAACUGUCACCCGCCUCGUUUUCUGAAUUCGCUCUCCCUUAUCUGCGGUAUAUCGCGACAAACCUACCGAAGAGAACAUCCGAACUUGGAUAUGAGCCUGCCCCGAUGACCGUGUUCGCUAAGGGUGCGUGGUACGCGUUGGAUGACUUGUGUCAGUCCGGAUAUAACGUUGUGGGCCUUGAUUGGCUCCAUGAUCCUGCGCAAGCAGCCCGGAUUGCAAAUGGAAGAGUCACCCUCCAAGGAAAUGCAGACCCUGGAUGUUUAUAUGGCUCUAAAGAAGCUAUCACUGCCGUGGUUGAGAACAUGGUUGCGGGAUUCUGGGGUGGGAAACAACGGUGGAUAGUGAACCUGGGACAUGGUGUCACUCCAUUUGUCGAUCCAGAAAAGCUGAAAUUCUUCUUCCAAGAGGUCCACCGUCUAACUGCUUCUUCCUGA